AUGCAACAAUAUGUAGUUGAUUCGUACGUGAAAGUCGAAGGUAACCGUUUGAACUUCAUUCGGCACAACCAAAAGACUCUACGAGUGGAAUCGUACCUGGGACUUGCCGACCACAUAAAUGCCCUAGCUACUGAAGCCGGCAUGAGAGCGGGUGUUACUGUCAUCCUUCCUUCGACAUUCAUCGGGAGUCCGAGAGCAAUGCAGCAAAAUUAUCAAGACGCCAUGUCGAUAGUCAGAGACUAUGGCAAGCCGGACUUGUUUUUGACUUUUACUUGCAACCCGAAGUGGAAAGAAAUCCGGGACAACCUUUUUCCUGGACAAAAGCCGCAUGAUCUUCCUGACUUGGUUGCCCGAGUCUUUGACAUGAAAAAGAAAGCUCUCCUCCAAGAUCUGCAAAAGGAUGGCAUUUUCGGGCGAAUUGUGGCAGAUAUUCAUGUCAUAGAGUUUCAAAAAAGAGGACUGCCACAUAUGCACCUGCUAUUAAUAUUAGCAGAAGAGGAUAAAAUACGUGACCCAGAAACAAUCGACCUAAUAGUGUCGGCAGAACUGCCAGAUGAAACGCUGGAUCCUCGACUACAUGAGAUCGUUAAAUCAACAAUGAUUCACGGCCCAUGCGGGGCACUAAACCCCAAUUCACCAUGCAUAACUGACGGCGUUUGCGCAAAAGGGUACCCUAAGUCAUUCACAGCAGUCACGGCUGACAGUGUCAAUGGUUAUCCUAUGUAUCGACGUCGGGACGACGGAAACCACGUUAUACUCAACGGAAAUGUAGUAGACAACAGAUGGAUCAUCCCAUACAACCCGUACCUCACCAAAAAAUAUAACGCCCAUAUCAAUCUCGAAAUAUGCAGUUCCAUCAAGUCAAUAAAAUAUGUUUUUAAGUAUGUCUACAAGGGCCACGACUGUGCAAAAGUCGUCUUCGAGGAAAACGGUGAAGGUUCUGUCUCAUGGGAUGAAAUUAAGACCUUUUUGGACGCCAGAUAUGUAUCUGCUCCAGAAGCAAUGUGGCGACUCCUUGAGAAAAAAAUGCACGAUAAGUCCCAUGCAAUUAUUCGCUUGCCUGUUCAUUUGCCUCACAUGCAACCCGUAUACUUUUACGAUGAUGAAGAACGUCAAGCCCUGGAAAGAGCAGCUCAGCGACAAACGAUGCUGACUGCUUGGUUUGAACUGAAUACAAGAGAUCCCGACGCCAAUAUUUAUCUGUAUGUGGACAUUCCUAAACAUUUUGUUUGGAAGAAUAACAAAUGGGAGCGACGAGUACGAUUGGGAGAGAAAAUUGUGUCGAGGUUAUAUUCUGUCAGUCCGAAAGAUAUCGAACGAUUUCAUCUUCGCAUGCUUCUCUUUCACGUCCCGGGAGCAAAGUCUUUUGAAGAGUUACGGACCUUCGAUGGCGUCACUAUGGAGUCUUUCAAGGAGGCAUGUCGUGCUAGGAACUUGUUAGAAGAUGAUGGCGAGUGGCGAAACUGCUUACUUGAAGCAUGUCAAUUUCAAAUGCCUGCAAAAUUACGACAAUUAUUUUCAUUCAUCUGUGUCUUUUGCAACCAGGCAUCUCCCCUGGAACUUUGGGAAGAAUUCAAGACUUCUUUGUAUGAGGACUUUCAUUCAAAUACUGCUGUGCAGGAGAGUAUAAACCUCGCAUUGCACAACAUAGCAGACCAUCUUCAUGCUCAUAACAUGACCCUUACACGCGUUGGAUUGCCAGAACCCACCACCUCACACGAAUAUGUCAGCACAGAUUCCUACGAUGUUGAAACGGAGAAGAAAGAGGGAGAGCAACUGUCAGCAAUGUUGAAUCCGGAGCAGCGUUCCGUUUUUGAAGCCAUAAUGCUUGCGAUCCGAAAUGUUGACAAUGCAUCGCCAAAAACAUUUUGUGUGAAUGCUAUUGCAGCAAUUUACCUUUCCAGCUUAAAAGAAGGCAAUUUCCUGUCCGACUUGGCUUUGCAAUGA